AUGAAGCAACGUUUCUCGUCUCUAGAUGUCAAGGUAAUCUGCCAGGAACUCGCCUCGGAGCUUGUCAGCCUGCGGGUUUCAAACAUCUAUGAUCUCUCAUCGAGAAUCUUCUUGUUCAAACUGGCCAAACCAGACCACCGCAAGCAACUCGUCGUCGACUCCGGUUUCCGCUGCCAUGUCACCCAAUACUCGCGAGCAACGGCAACCGCCCCCUCCCCCUUCGUGACGCGGAUGCGCAAGUUCCUGAAAUCCCGCCGGGUCACCUCAGUCGAGCAGAUUGGCACCGACCGCGUGAUCGACUUCUCCUUCAGCGAUGGCCUGUACCACAUGUUCCUCGAGUUCUUCGCGGGCGGUAACAUAAUCAUCACCGAUCGCGAGUACAACAUACUCGCGCUGUUCCGGCAAGUCCCUGCCGGCGCGGGCGAGGAGGAGAUGCGUGUCGGGCUUAAGUACACCGUGACGAAUAAGCAGAAUUACCACGGUGUGCCGGAAAUCACGCUGGACCGCAUCAAGGAGACGCUGGAGAAGGCCAGGGAGAGCGCUGCGCAGGAAGGAGCGGCGCCGAAGAAAUCGAAGAAGAAGAAUGUGGAUGUUUUGCGGAAAGCCUUGUCGCAGGGCUUUCCUGAGUAUCCGCCCCUCUUGCUCGAUCAUGCGUUUGCAGUUGAGGAAUUUGAUCCUGCGAUGCCGUUGGAGACGGUUUUGGGUGAUGACACCUUAUUGGAGAAGGUCGAGGGCGUAUUGAAGGAAGCCCAGGAUGUGUCCAGGAGGCUUUCGACAAAGGAAAAUCAUCCGGGUUACAUCGUUGCGAAAGAAGACACACGCCCGUCUGCAGGACCAACCGCUGAGAAUCAGGAGGGAAAGAAAUCUGGUCUUCUUUAUCAGGAUUUCCAUCCGUUCAAGCCUCGCCAAUUCGAGGGGAAGCCCGAGAUCAAAAUCCUAGAGUUUGGCAGCUUCAACGCUACAGUGGACGAGUACUUCUCUUCGCUUGAAACCCAGAAACUCGAAUCGCGUCUCACGGAACGAGAAGAGGCGGCGAAGAGAAAACUUGACGCCGUGAGACAGGAGCAUGAGAAACGGCUAGGCGCCCUCAAACAAGCCCAGGAACUGCAUAUCCGUAAAGCCGGCGCGAUCGAGGACAAUGUCUACCGGGUGCAGGAGGCAAUGGAUGCGGUCAACGGCUUGAUCGCCCAAGGCAUGGAUUGGGUAGAAAUUGCGCGAUUGAUUGAGAUGGAGCAGGAUCGAGGCAACCCAGUUGCCAGAAUCAUCAAAUUGCCCCUGAAACUGUAUGAGAACACCAUCACUCUGGUCCUCGGCGAAGCCAGCGAGGAGCAGGAUGAAGCCGACGAGCUAUUCUCGGAUGACGAAUCCGAAGAGGAUUCAGAGAGUGAGGAGCAGGAAGCGAUCAAGAAAGCCCCCGAAAUGUUGACGAUCGAUAUCGAUCUCGGACUCUCACCAUGGGCGAAUGCCACCCAAUACUACGAGCAAAAGAAGAUGGCUGCGGUGAAAGAACAGAAGACAGCCCAGUCGUCUACUAAAGCGCUCAAGAGCCACGAGAAGAAGGUGACUGAAGACCUUAAGCGAAGUCUGAAGCAAGAGAAACAGGUCCUGCGUCCUGCUAGAAAGCCCUUCUGGUUCGAAAAGUUCAUCUUCUUCAUUUCUUCCGAGGGCUACUUGGUUCUAGGUGGCCGCGACGCUAUGCAGAGCGAAUUACUUUACCGCCGGCAUCUCAAAAAGGGCGACAUAUUCGUGCACGCCGAUUUGGAAGGUGCUCGACCCAUGAUUGUGAAAAACAGGCCAGGGACACCCGAUGCACCCAUACCCCCGAGUACACUAUCACAGGCAGGAAACCUCAGUGUCGCCACAUCCAGCGCCUGGGAUUCAAAGGCUGUCAUGGCCGCAUGGUGGGUCAACGCCAAUCAAGUCACCAAGACAACCACCGGUGGUCUUCUGCCAACCGGAGAAUUCGAGACCAAAGGCGAAAAGAGCUUUUUGGCUCCAUCGCAACUAGUUCUUGGCUUUGCAGUGAUGUUCCAAAUCAGCAAGGAGAGUCUGAAGAACCAUAAGAUCCAGCUCUUUGAAGAUACACCUCGCCCCGAACCAGAUGUACAGAAAGACGAAACUACGGGGAAGGAUGGAACAAGCGAGCUGCCUGUGACGCAAGAUCACGGUCCAGCAGAGCCAGCUGAGACAGCUGCAACUGAUACGAAUGACCGAGCUGAGGAUCAAAGUUCUGGGUCGGAUGACGACGAGGAGAAUCCAGACUCGGCUCCCCAAAGAAAUCCGUUACAACGCGGGGUUUCUGAGCCUGUUCCGGCACAGGAUACUGCAGCAGAUGAGGAGGGUGAAUUUCGCAGUGAAGAAGCAGAGAUCCCUGAAGAAGAAACGCCCGAGGAGAACGAGACAAAUCCGGAUAUGAAAGAAGGAGAUUUGGAAGAAAGUGUGACACCAUCAGGAAAUCAGGAAGAAAAACAACUCUCUGCCAGGGAGCGACGUCAAGCGAGGAAAGGGAAGUCGACAGAGCCAUCUAUUGCUGGCUCCGAAGAAACUACCAGAUCACGAACAGACGGAACGCCGGCGAAACCAGCGGGCUCCCAAAAGCCAGCUCCAGCACCGGCUAAGGGAAAGAAAGGCAAAGGAAAGAAGGGUGUAGACAAGUAUGCUCACCAGGAUGAGGAAGAGCGCGAACUUGCCCUUCGCCUAGUAGGCGCCAAAAGCGCCAAAGUCGAAAAAGCAGCCGCGGCUGCGGCCGCCAAAGCAGAGCGCGAGCGAGAGGCCGAGGCGCAGAAGAAACGACGAAAGGCGCAACAUGAGCGUGCUGCGGAAGCAGAACGCCGGCGACAAGCCCUCUUUGACGAGGGUGCGGGCGAUGACUACGAUGAGGAGACUGCAGCAGCAGAGGCCGCAGAUUUGGCUUGGAUCCCAGCCCUGAUCGGCACGCCUCGCCCCGAAGAUGAAAUCCUUGCUGCUAUUCCUAUCUGUGCUCCCUGGGCUGCACUAGGACGGUAUAAAUACCGUGUCAAACUACAGCCAGGCGCUGUGAAGAAAGGCAAAGCUGUCAAGGAGAUCCUGGGACGGUGGGUGGCGGAAACCACUACCGGAAAGGUCAAGAAGGAACAAGCUGAGGAAGCAGGCAUCAGCAUAGCCGGUGCUGAGAAGCUCCGCGCUCGGGAAGGCGAGCUCUUCAAGACAUGGAAGGACACGGAGAUCAUCAACACAGUCCCCGUUGGCAAGGUCCGGAUUAUGAGUGGAGGAGCUGGUGGAGGUGGUGAUGCAAAGGGCAAGGGGAAAGGUGGCAGCAGUGGGAACAAGGGAGGAAAAGGCGGCAAGAAAAAAUAG